UACGUUUCAUCAUCUCUCUCCAUUGCUCUCUCUUCCUCUGCCAUCUGUAAGAAAUUAUGGCUAAAGCUUUUCUCUUCCAUCUCUCUCUGCUCUUACUCAGCUCCUACACUGUUUUUGCUGAUGAGGGUGAGAGUGUCGUAGCUCAGCCACCUAACCAUCACGGAGGCUACGCAAUUGCACCAAGCCCCCACCACCAUGGCCGCCAACACCACAAACAUGCUCACCCGCCUGCCAUUACACCUGCUCACUCUCCCUCUCACCCACCUGCUACCGCACCGGCUCACCCUCCCUCCCAUCACCACCAUCACGCUCAUCCCCCAAGCCAUGCGCCCGUUCACCCUCCAACCCCUCAUCCCCCUAGCCAUGUCCCCGUUCACCCUCCAACCCCUGUUCAUCCUCACCCUUUGCCAAGGUCUUUUGUCGCUGUUCAAGGCGUUGUUUAUUGCAAGUCUUGCAAAUAUAAGGGAUCUGACACUCUCACCGGAGCUUCACCCAUUCUAGGUGCUACUGUAAAGCUGCAGUGCAACAACACGAAGUACCCACAAGAGGGCGAGGCUAAAACCGACAAGAACGGCUACUUUUUCCUCCAAGGACCAAAGACAGUCACCAAUUACGGAGCCCAUAAAUGCAAAGUCUCACUAGUCUCAUCGCCAAUGCCGUCAUGCCAGAAGCCAUCUCUGCUCCAUGGUGGAGCCACCGGUGCCGUGUUAAGGCCGGAAAAACCGUUUACGGCCAACAAGCUUCCGUUUUUCCUUUACUCAGUUGGGCCAUUUGCUUUUGAACCCAAAUGCUAUUAAAUUGUUGUUAACUAAUAGUGUGUUCUCCAUUAGCCGUUGUCAUUUAAAACUCCAGAUCUGUUUUUCGACAUUUGCCCAUAUUGAAGGAUUUAAGUUAAUGAUGUAAUGGAGCUUGCUUUACAAUAAAUUAUGUAUUGUCGGUAUAUUUUAUAAAUAAACUGACUUUGUUUUUUCA